AUGAGCAACGUCUUUGAGAUUCCCGGGCCAACCUCGCCAUUGGCGGUAAACCUGACACAGCGCUACCUUGUGGUCCCCAGCUUCACGCUGGAAAGUGGCGAGGAGCUGCGUAAUGUGCCUAUCGCUUUCAAAACGUGGGGAGAGCUAAAUAGCGAACGCAACAAUGCCGUGUUGGUAUGCCAUCCUAUCUCAGGGCAUGCGGAUACAGCAGAGUGGUGGUCGCCUCUCUUUGGCGAUGGAAAAGUUCUGGACCCGUCCAAGUACUUUGUCGUGAGCUGCAAUGCCAUUGGCUCGCCAUACGGAUCGCUCAGCCCGCUCACGCGUAAGGGCGGCGAGGAUAUCGCGGCCGAUGGAACGUGGACAUGCUCGCCCCAUGUGCAUGCACCUAUGGAGCAAGACACGCAGAUUUGGUGGGGCUCGGACCUGCCACACUCUACGAUUCGAGAUGAUGUUCAUCUCCAAAAGAUUGUCCUCGACUACCUCGGCAUUGAGCAGCUGGCGCUCGUGACAGGUGGAUCGAUGGGUGGCUGCACCAGUUUGGAAUGGCCACUGUGCUACCCCGUAAAGCAACCGGCCUCGGACGACGCGCUUACCAAGCCGUUCCCCUCGGGCAGCGAGCCGUACGUGAAGGCCAUUGCGAUACUGGCCGCGCCGCCGCAUCAGUCAGCCUGGUGCAUUUCGUGGUGCGAGAUUCAGCGCAAGACAAUUGAAGCGGAUACGCGCUACCAAAACGGGCACUAUCUCCUGCGCGAGCCGCCGAACAAUGGAUUGGCAGCAGCGCGUAUGUGUGCCCUCCUUACCUACCGCCAGCCGCACAGCUUUGAACGUCGGUUCAGCCGGCUGCGCGGAAAAGAAAACUUGAGCGGCGCAGCGCCUAAGCAGGAAGAGUCGCAGGCCUCGUCGCUCAUGGAAGAAGGAGGCGACGAAGAUGACAUGGGUGAUGUCUCCUCCAUCAAGCAGGCGCAGGCGCGUGAGCAGUAUGCUGUGCAGUCAUAUCUGCAUCAUCACGGCGCUAAAUUUAUUCAGCGCUUCGAUGCGAACUGCUACAUCCAUCUAUCGGACAAACUCGAUGCGUACGAUGUAGCGCGUGACCGAAACGCCUGGGUCCAGAAGGGGACGGGCGAUAACGAUACCCUGCGUAGUGUGCUGCAGUACUUGGGCACAUCCCCUGUGGCGCCGCAUGUGCUCAUUGCCUCUGUGACAUCAGAUAUGCUGUACACGCCGGAGGAGCAACAACUCAUGCACGAAUGCAUUCCCCACUCGGAGUUGGUCAAGGUAGAAUCGGCGGAAGGCCACGACGGUUUCCUAAUUGAGUACCCGCAGAUCGCCAAGGCCAUGCAAUCGUUCUUGGACCGCAUUCAUUUGCCGCACCCCGCCGCGACGGCCACGGCUGCCUCCUCCUAA